AUGGGGACCUGUAGCUACGUCCUCACAGGAACUGAACGCGGUAUGGUUGAAGCGUAUGGUACAACUUGUCAUGGGGCGGGUCGAGCCUUGUCCCGAUCGAAAUCCCGUCAAAAGAUUCCAUGGAAUGAAGUUAUCGAAGGCUUGAAGAAAAAAGGAAUAUCUAUACGUCUAGCUUCUCCGAAGCUCAUUAUGGAAGAGGUAUUUUAUGUCUCCAUCGAACGUUACUUUUGGAAGUUCUUUCUUCAAACUGGAAGGUCAUCUUUUUUCACUGACUUUUUUUAUAGCAUUAGUGCAGGUGUGAAGAUAUCAGAAUAG